GAAGUGGCGGCGCCGGGGCUGUUGGGAGUUGUAGUCCGCGGGGCGCCGGGAGAACUCCGUGUCCCAUGAGGCUGCGCGGCGGUGGCGCCUGCGCGCGGGGCCUGGGCGGAGCCAAGAUGGCGGCGGCGGCUGGGGUGCCGCGCUCUCCUCCGGGCUGAGGCGGUCGCGGCGCCUGGUCUCCCGCGCGGCGCGGCGAUGUCGGAGCCGGAGCACCUGGGCGUGAAGCGGGCCGAGUCGGCGCGGCUGCGGCGGGCCGAGCAGCUGCGGCGCUGGAAGGGCUCCCUCACGGAGCUGGAGCCGGCGGCGCCGGGGGGCGGGCGCGGCCGGCACCGCGCCGGGGGGACCCGCGUCCGCUUCGAGGAGGGCGCCGUGUUCCUGGCCGCCUGCUCCAGCGGCGACACGGACGAGGUGAAGCGCCUGCUGGGUCGCGGCGCCCGCGUCAACACGGCCAACGUGGACGGGCUGACGGCGCUGCACCAGGCCUGUAUAGACGAGAACCUGGACAUGGUGAAGUUCCUUGUAGAAAAUGGAGCGGAUGUAAACCAACAGGAUAAUGAGGGCUGGACCCCUCUUCAUGCUGUGGCUUCCUGUGGCUAUCUGAAUAUAGCAGAGUACUUAAUCAGCCAUGGAGCCAAUGUGGCUGCUGUGAACAGUGAAGGUGAAGUCCCAUCUGACAUUGCAGAGGAAGCAGCCAUGAAGGACCUGCUUUUGGAGCAAGUAAAGAAACAAGGGCUAGAUCUGGACUUGGCAAGAAAAGAGGAAGAGCAACAAAUGCUGCAGGAUGCACGGCAGUGGCUAAACAGUGGGAAAAUUAAAGUUGUAAAGCAAUCCCGCACAGGUGCCACUGCUCUUCAUGUAGCUGCAGCAAAGGGCUACUCUGAAGUUAUGAGGCUCUUGAUCCAAGCGGGGUUUAAUUUAAAUGUCCAGGACAAUGAUGGCUGGACUCCGCUCCAUGCUGCUGCACACUGGGGAAUAAAAGAAGCUUGCUCUAUCUUGGCUGAGGCAUUGUGUGAUAUGGACAUCAGGAACAAGCUGGGUCAAACACCAUUUGAUGUGGCUGAUGAGGGACUGGUUGAACACUUAGAGAUGCUGCAAAAGAAACAGAAUGUGCUGCGCAGUGAGAAAGAGACAAGAAACAAGCUAAUUGAAUCGGAUGUGAAUGGCAAACUUCAAAGUGGACUCUUCAAAAAUAAAGAGAAGAUUCUUUAUGAGGACGACACUUUGAAGUCUGUGGAAACAGAAGAAGAAAACAAGGAGUCCAGCAGUUCCAGCUCUGAGGAAGAGGAAGAAGCUGAAGAGGAUGAGGCUUCAGAAUCAGAUAUUGAAAAGGAGUCAGAGAGAAAGGAAGAGUCCUCUGCCAACCAUUCUGAUCAUGAACCCAGGAGUAGCAUCAUUGAGCAAGUACGACCACCAGAGCAUAAUUCCUUCCCUUCAUCUGCCAGAAAAUUUAGUUGGCUCAACAAGUCAGAAGAGCAAAAGGAUGAAUCUCCUUCAUCUUGGAGGCUGGGACUAAGGAAAACUGGCAGCCACAACAUGCUCAGUGAAGUUGCUGCUUCUCGUGAAGGACAGAGAGACAGGAGUUCUUUUAUCUAUCGCUCUUCAUCUAGUCCCCGGAUUUCUGCAUUAAUAGACAACAAAGAAAAGGAUAAGGACAGCAACAAAAGCUAUCUUGCCUCAAUAGCCCCUAGAAGACUAAGCAGUACGGGUGACAUAGAGGAAAAGGAAAACAGAGAAUCUGCUGUUAAUCUGGUGCGGAGUGGUUCCUACACCCGGCAAUCAUGGAAGGAUGAACCAAAGGGAAACGAAGCCCCCCAGACAGGUGCACCUUCCACCUACAUAUCUACCUACCUGAAAAGUGCUUCAUUUGGUAGAAGUAGUGACCUCAACAGUCCCUACAGUUCAGCCAAUCGCAGUACAUCUCCAGCUACCUCACCAACUACCAUAUGUUCAUCUACCUCAUUGGGCACCCAGUGGCAACCUGCCUCUUCCUGUCCCACAUCUGUCAGUGCGAAUACUACUGCAUCAGUUCGCCAGUAUACUAGAGUGCCAUCCCGGCAACAAAUUGACUCUGCUGUAGAGAAAAAUACAGAGAACAUCUCUGCUAUCACUCCACUAAGUGUAAUCACAAAUCGCACUGCACUCAGUUCUACCAAUGGUGUUACAAAUGCCAGUGCUGCCGCAACUACUGGAAAGGACUCAGCUGAGGAGGCCAGGGAACGCAGAAGGUCAUAUCUGACUCCUGUGCGGGACGAGGAAGCUGAGUCUCUAAGGAAGGCACGAUCCAGGCAAGCCCGACAGACGCGCAGGUCUACACAGGGUGUGACGCUCACAGAUCUUCAGGAGGCAGAAAGAACCUUCAGCCGAUCUCGAGCAGAGCGGCAAGCUCAAGAACAGCAGAGUGAGAAAUCUGAAAGCACUGAAACAACUGAGGACGGAAGUGAGAGACAAGUGGAGGCCCGGCCCCGGUGGAGCAAAAACCUAGAUGAGGAGCCUGUCUAUCGACGAUUAAGGUGUCCCAUACAACCAGACAAACCCCCAGCACCAGUAUCUCCCUCUACAGCUGCCCCUCUUCUUUAUACAAGUUCUUACCUGGCUCGGACAAAUAAACCUCUAGGCCCUGACUCUGAAAACCCAGCAGACUUCCACAACACGGCCACAGAGAUGGAAAAAAAUGAGUAUGAAGAUCAAGAUUUAGAUGACAGAUCUCCAAACACGCAGUCAAUUCGAGAGAGGCGGCGGCCAAAGGAGAGGCGAAGAGGCACUGGCAUCAUUUUCUGGACAAAAGAUGAUGAUGAGGUUGAUGGUAACGAGGAAAAGAAAGAGAGUCGGCAUGAAAGACUUUCCAGGUUGGAAUUGGCAGGUACGAACCCUACCACCAGUGACUCCUACAGCGAUCGUGCCUCCAGCCGCUCCAGUGCCUACACCCGGAGAGAGAACCGGUUGGCCUCUCUCAGUGCCAGAACAGAGGACGAAAGUAACAGGGACUAUAAAAAGCUCUAUGAAAGUGCCCUGUCUGAAAACCAGAAGUUGAAAUCAAAACUGCAGGAAGCCCAGUUGGAGCUGGCUGAUAUCAAAUCAAAACUGGAAAAAGCAACCCAGCAGAAACAGGAAAAAACCUCUGACCGAUCGAGUAUGAUGGAGAUGGAGAAAAGGGAGAAGCGAGCCCUUGAGCGGAGACUCUCUGAAAUGGAGGAGGAGGUGAAGGUUUUAACAGAGCUGAAGUCAGAUAAUCAAAGGCUGAAAGAUGAAAAUGGAGCGCUCAUCCGUGUCAUCAGCAAACUCUCCAAAUAGGAAAUUUGAUCAAAGGAAGGAGGAGGGGGUGUCUCUGCACAAGCUGCCAACCCUGCCACUAACCUGUUCAACACCUCUUGCCCUCCAAGCAGAAGUACUGCAAGCAUUGCAGAUAUGGGAUCAACUUGUCACCUCCCUCUGCUCCUCCCACCACAGUACAUUCCCUCAUUGCCCGCUAAAGGCACCCCCAGAUGUUUUAUUAUUUUUAAUUUAAGCAUGUUGUGAUAUCUUGGACAUUUUAUUCAAGAGGGAAAAAAACCCGAGGAUUAGGUUUGAGCUGUCAAGACUGGGCUUGUGGCACGAAGUCGUGUUCAAAGUUGACUCCAGUCUGGAGUAAAGAAUCAAUCUACUGUAAUAAACAAUGCAGAAAUGAAUAGGGAACUGAUCCAGCAUGCCCAAGCCCUCUUUAGGUGGUUGGGGGGUGGAGGUGGGAAGCAUGAGCAAGAGCACUGAAGUGUCGGCCUCCCCACUUGGAGUUUGGGAAUCUGGUUAAAUGGUGAUGCUGUGAAAGCCAUGAGGGCUCAUUUCUGUGACAGACUGACAACAGCUGCUUUGCACAGAGAAUCUGUUCUCCUCCUGUUCGAGUAGCUGAGUCUCUCCUUAUUUAAUGUAAGAUUUUAAAUCAUUUUGGUAACUUCAUUUCUGAACCCUACCUUUGGAUCCCCCUUUCCCUGCCAAACCUGUGCAGCCUGGGUGGUGAUAAUGCAUCACUCUGUACUCCUUCCAGGAUAACUAUCUCAGUUACUGGCCAGGUAAUGGCAUUGCUAAUUAAAUCUUGACCCUUGCCUUUUGGGAUAGGAUUUAUCACUGGUAAAAGCCUCCAAAGGAGAAGCUGGGCCAGCAGAGAUCACCUGCUAUAUUUACAUGUGUAUGUAACAUCUGGGUGUGAAUAUCCAUACAGUGAGGUAUGCAUAUACAAGUAAGCAGUCCCUUUUUUCCAAGAGCAACAUGGAGCAUUUUUCUACUAACCUACUAUGAGAGGAGCACACUAAGCAGAUCUUUCAUGUCACUGUCAGCAGGAGCAAAAGCAAAUGAAAAUGCAGCAGUAGUCUGAGUUGGGCUUAAAGGGAGUUAGGUGGGAGAAGAGGUGUGUGCAAGGGAGAUAUCAAGAGGAUGAUGGAAGCUCCUGACACAGCUGUUUCCAGCUGCCUGAAACAGUGACCAAUUGUCCUGCUGUAUAUCAUGGAAGGGUAUAAUUAUAAUUUAUUUAAUAGGAGCAAGAAUGAGUCUGUGCUCAGUGCAUACUGAUAACUGAAUCUGUGGAGUUAUUUUUUUCUUGCUGGAAGCUAGUAACUGGAUUUGACCUUGAUGGAAAACCUCAAAGGGCUCUUUCAUGUUAUAAGUACUUAAAACAGAUUGAAAGUGUUCUCUCUCAUGGGCAUUCGGAAAGCAGCUCCUCCAGAUGCUAGAUGCUUUUGAUUCUUAGCUUUUCUUGGAAGCUGGGUUAUAACAAGUCAACACAUUUGCUGAGCUUUGCAUAGAAGGGCUUCUUGCAAAGGCACACUCUGCCAGUGCUAGGGCAGUUGUAGCACUUUUCUGUAUUCCAGAUCAUGUGCUUUUUGACUGACUUCCACUUUUUUCUUCUUACUUCUACACGUUCCAGUUCUCUUCCAAAGUUUGUGCUCAGACUUCUGAUGCCCAGACUUCAGUAGCUGUUGGUUUCAGAUUGUUUCUUCUGGUCUCCUCCAUUGUAUAUUUUUGUAUCGGAACUUUUUCAAACUUUAUGUCUACUUUGCAUUACAUCUACAUCCUUUCUGCUGAACGCAACUAAACAUGACUUACCAUGGACUCUGUUUGGGCCCCUACUUGGUUGUCCAAGUAGUCACUUUUGCUUCAAAAGAGAGAAUUUUUUUCUUUUUAUACUUGGAGAAAUUCCCUCUGCAACACGGAUCUGGGAAAGAAGGGGCCAAAUUAGUUACAGUAUAGCAUUCACAUAUUCUACAACGCACUGGCUCCAGCAAGCACCUAGCCUUUCCUUGUAUUCCUUCUGAGAACUGAGAGCCUUGGGAAUUGAAAUGGGUCAAUGCUUGUAGCCUCAUACUUCACCCAUGUGCUGCUCUCUUUGUGUAAGUACUUGAUCUGUCUUUCAUCUUGUGGUCCACUUCUUUUGGAUGCUCCUCAAUUCAGAUUUGAAUAUCUCUUGAGUCUAGAUGUGUCAAGAGUCUGGUCACUUCCUAUGUUGUAUAGGCUUCAUGCCUGUCAGAAGCCACUGAUAUUGGUGUGAAGGAUGUUUUCCAUCUGAUAUGCUAGUAUGUGAGCAUCUGAUCAGCACACAUCCUACUGUACGAGGGUUGGGAUCUCAAAUUGUUAGUCGCUCUUCUUUUGACAAGAAGAGUGCCAAGAAGUGUGGAAAAUCCUGAUGUAUCUAGCCCCUUCUGCAGUAUUCAUUCUGCACUAGGAUUUUAGCCACUAUCUACUUGGAGCAUUACAUAACACUGUAGGUUGAAGGAAUAUCUCCUUAGCAUAUUUGCACCUCAAGAAAAACCUGCAAAGGAUAAUAAGGGAUGCAAAAAGCAUGAUUCUCGUGUGUUAACAUGUGAAGCCAAGACACUUUCAGUUAAGUGUCUGUUUAGCACUGGGUUUUACCAUCCUAACGUCUGGGGGUGGAACUCGCAUCAGUAGCUUAGCUCUGUUGACUAGCCAGAACUGUGAGUAUUUUAUUGUUGUACAGUGCUGAUGAAAACCAACUUCUUCAGAGUUCCUUGGGUUUAACAAACCACUCCUGACUUUACCAUUGGAUUAAAGAGAGAAGGUGCAGGACACCUAGCUUUCUACACGCGAGACUUUCAGUGGUGAAAAGCAGUCGUUUUGAAAAUAUGUCUAUUUUAAUCAUAACAUCAUCUCUUGGAAAGUACUAAAACUUUAUUCCAAGCAAUUGCUUGGGAACCCAUUUUUAUCCAAAGAACUUAUUGCAGCUGCAAGAGAUAGAAAUAUGCUUAAUUUAUAGAGCAUGUCCUCCUGAUAAGUUAAGGAUCAUUUCUCCAAAAUUGGUAGAAUUCAGGGCAAUCUUUUUUCCUCUACUGGGUAACAUGUUUCCAUUUUGGUAUGCGAAGGUUGGACUUUUAGCCUCCUAGGAGAUCAUACUAUAUACAAAGAUGACAUAGUUGCAGUGAUUCCUAGAAUCGUCAGUCAGACUCUAUAAGGAGGGAAACAUGGGAGUCAGGGUGUCAGUGUGCAUGCACAUGUGUGCAGCACACACACAGGAACUGUGAAGAUUACAGGGUCUGUAUGUAAAAAAUCUGUUAAAUCAAGAAAGAAGCCCUUUGCUUUUUACAACUACAUUCCUACCCAUACAAGGCUAAAAGAAACAGCCCAUUCAAAGCUGUACUUUAGAAAUGCUCUUACACCUCUAAGUGCUUGCUGAUCUUUUCUCUUCUUAGUCUCCUGCUGUAGGGUCUAAACCAUGCCAACUUUGACUGACUUUAUGGUAAGGGUAACAAAGGGCCACACAUACUAACCCAGAAUGAGGAAGAAAUGUAUUUUAGUGUGGACUUGGUUUCAGGUUCGUUGCUCAAAUUGUGAAACGAGUUGUUGAGAUGGGAACAGGUCUGUUUGGUAUGGGUGAAGCUGAAGGCUUGCUAAGAGAUGUAUCACGGUUGUCAGAGCUUACAAAAAUGUGCUCUGCAUGCAGGGAAUGUCUUGCAAGCUGUCAUAGUAGGAAGGUGCAUCUAUGUGAUGAGCUCAAUUGGCUGGAGAUUAAACUGACUUCUCUCACAUUAAACUAAAUGUUAAUGGACUAGAGGUAAUAAUGGAUUUACCUCUGAAAAGUAAAAGAAAUGGAGGCUUUUAAAGAAAUGGAGGCAAAGCUGAGACAUCUGUAUAGGACUGACAUAUUCAGUGUGACUAGGGUUCUGUUGCACAAAAUAACUGAAGAUUUUAUCUUGGGGAUGUGAGGCAGUAGUGAGAGCUACUCACUAUCAAUGUUGAUCCACUGUCAGUUGAAUUAGUUGCUCAUUAGUCUAGAGAACAGGCAAGCCAUGCUUCAGUCAUUCAGAGAGCAGCCUAUCUGCAGCGGUGCCUAUUUUUAUAAGUGUAGUGUGUGUGAGAGAGUUUUGACCCUCAAUAAGUCAGCCUUGCAGGUUUUGGAUUGGUUAUUAUGUCUUUGAUAUAACUGUAUAGCACUUCCUUUGCACUGUUAAGUGCUUCAGGGUUUAUGCUGUCAGGGGCUUUUAUCACCAAGACCAUCAAUCAUGGUAAUACUAUAGGAUAUGGCCCUAAUUGCCAAUAAAUCAUUGAUAAAGUGCAUGCAACUCAGUGAUUGUACUAGGUUUUUAAACUGUGGUGUUUCCAUUGAUAAAAGGUUAGUUUGGUCCUAACCUUAUUUGAAGGGACCUGAUUUGGAAGGAUUGUGUCUUGUAAAUGUCUCAGAAGAAAAGAUAACCUCUUGGGCAAAUUCAGCUAAUCCAGUGUAGUGAACUAAUGUGCUUGAGUAUAGCUGGCAGGAAGCAACUUAGAUUGUUUUCAAAGCUGUUGUUAAAUUAAAAAAAAAAAAAAAAGAAAAACAAAAUAUCACUCAAUCCAUAACAGUUUUCUGCAGAGGAACAGAUUAUUCAGACCUGAUCCUGACCAUCAAGCUUAGGUCCAAGGAAGGUCACAAGAACUUCACCAUAUUAUUUGCCUAGGGUAGGCUGAAAAGACCUUGUCACUGCUAGGGUGUACUCCUUGCUAUCAGUCCUACCCAGGAUGAGUGGGACUGAUUAACCUCAGCUUGCAUCUUUGUCCUUUCUUGGGCUUGUUUCAUUGAUCCAUCAGUGACGUGAGGCUUCUAGCCUCCAAAGACAGUGGAGUCCCAGAACACAUUUUGAAAUACCAGUUGUUUUUACAUAUGCUUCAAGGCUUGUGGUCCUCUCCUGUUAUCUUCCCUCCACGGUUCCUUGGGCACUUGCAGGCAUUUUGGGUUAUUUAUGUACUUCCUAUGCUACUUUAUCUCCCAUGUAUUCACAGCACUUACAUUUCCUCUUGUCUUCUCUGAAUGAACAGACAGCUCAUAGGUUGUAAGUGACCGCUGCAAGGACAAAGAGCAAAUUUGCAGGAAGCUGGUAAGGGCAUUGUUUCCAUGACCUUCCUCGAAGAUCUAAAACUAGGUGUGGGAUCCUUUAACACCAAAUGGAACUGAGAGCUGGUUAGGAAAAUGUGCCCCUUUGGAAGAGGAGUCUGUUGUCCUAUAUAGUCCUUCCCAUCUGUAGAGCCAUGGGCAUUGGGACAUAGGAUUCCUUAGCAAUAGCCUGCUGAAGAAAUGCCCCCCUUUGCUAGAAAAUGACCACACCAAAAAAAGAAGCACCUGCUCUGUUGCCUAGACUUGGCCAGAGCUCACUUCUGAAGGAGGAGGAAGCUGGCUAGAGCUUCCAGACUAGAGUCAUCCUGGAGUAAACAGGCCUGGUAGCACCUGAUUGCUCCCGGUGAAUGGAAGCUGUCUGCCAGCAACGCACUUAUGUGGCCUUUCAUGAGAACGAUUGUUAGUGCUGAACUGUAGGCACUUCUCCCAGAGGGAAGAGAACAGUUGACAUUUCACUAGUGACAGCUGCAGUCUCUGAGGCAGGAGGUCUGGUGCAGCCGUUCUACAUUGCUUGCUUUCAUGCUUGUACAUGUUGCUGUAGAUUCCCUUUUCCCACACAUUCAUCUUGGUUAUUCCUUUUUCAGUUAGAUUGUUAUCAUGCUGCCCGACCAGAAACACGGAACAGUUGUUAAAUUUUAAGCUUGAAUCCUUUUAUCUUUCUUCUUUAGUUGCCAUCUUCAAAGAUAGUUGUUGUAGGAAGUCAGGUAGCUUUUAGGUCAGGAGCAAAAUGUGUUUUAAAGGUCUUGGAAAGUGCUGGUGUUUCUGGUACGGAGCAAGUCCACAAUUUUGUUUUUCUGAGGAGCUGUUGAGGUCACUCCAAGGCCUGUAGUUCAAUCCCUGUCCUCUGCGAGACUCCUGGAGUCGCCAGCUCCGGCAGCGUUCCACAGAGAGCUCGGAGGCUGUGCCUGACAUUCAGACCAGCUCUGGGGUCAGUGCUUCCUUCUCCCUCUCUUUCUCCUGAAAACAAAUUUCUCAUUUCUGCUUGGGGUGAGUAUUGGUUACUUCAGGGCUGUCCAACUUCUGGGCAGCCAGGGGCUGCACACAGUACACGCUGCAGAUCCAGGGGUCACAGGCAAGUAGUCCCCACCCUGGGCUCCACCCUGUCUUGUGCACAGCCCCCAGCUAGGAAAAACAAAAAGCUGCUUUGCUACUUCAGAGAGUACCUGGGGCAACAAUCUGGAUACAGCAGAGCAAAGUUGCCCUGUUUCCCUUUGCUUUUCAUAGGAAAUGCAGACUCUUUCCAGGAAAUGCCCUUACAUCUUGAUUGCUAAUCUUGGAAGAGAUGGAUUGACUCUGCUGGUAGUGUCCCACCUCUCCAAGCAGUAGGUAUGCUGUACUUACCUGGUUUAAGGAGUUUCAUGGCUCUUUGUAAAUACACAACUCAGAGAAAGCAGGACUAGCUUAGGAAAUGGGGGGGAAGAAUGUAUUUUUAUGCAACUUUGAGUGGCCUUUCAAACCCCGAGAUGAAUGAUUUGUUUUACUGGGUGUUGUUAUAUAGUUAUAAGUAUUAUGUGUUUGAAAGUUUGGGAAUAAUAUUCACAUCUAUAUGAUGCUUGUAAACACAACAGUAUUUAUAAAUGAAUAAAACAAAACUGUUUUAA